UGAGUCCCGGUCGCGCGACCGGAAGCAGAGCGGAAGCCGGAAAUUGCUGGGGGGGCGGGCCUCCCAGCCGAGCGACCAGGGCGAUCACUCCGGGUUCCCGCAGUCCCCCGAGGCAGGAGGCAGCCCCGGGGGCGCGGGGUGAAGCAGGGCUCUGUAUGGAUUUUAUAUUGGAAGACAUGGAUCUUGCUGCCAAUGAGCUCAGCAUCUAUGAUAAACUUUCAGAGACCAUCGAUUUAGUGAGGCAGACAGGACAUCAAUGUGGGAUGUCAGAGAAGGCGAUUGAAAAGUUUAUCAAACAGCUGUUAGAGAAGAAUGAACCUCAGAGGGGUCCACCCCGACAUCCUCUGCUCAUGGUUGCAUAUAAGGUCCUGAUCACCCUGGGGUUAACACUGCUCACUGCCUACUUUGUGAUUCAGCCCUAUAGUCCUUUGCCACCUGAACCAGUGCUCUCUGGGGCUCACACCUGGCGCUCUCUGAUCCAUCAUAUCAGGCUGUUGUCCCUGCCCAUUGCCAAGAAGUAUAUGCUUGAAAAUAAGGAAUUUGUUCCGCUGUCAAAUUAUGAACCCCAAAAUGAUGAUGCAUACCCAGAUUGCGAUGACUGGUGGAAAACAGACUGCAACCCGAACAAUUCUACCAUCCCUGCUAACUGUACUGGCUGUGCAUUGAUUACAGGCCUCCAGGUGGUACAAACCAUGUCACAGUUACCCCCCAAAUUUGAGAAACUCCAGCCUCUACUGAUCAAGACUGGACAGUCUCUAUCUUCCAAGGACCUUCAGCUUUUUCAGUGCCAGUACCCAGAGUUGACAGAAGGGAUCUCUGAAGGAUUAUUAGCCCGGUGGUGGAAUUGUUUUCCUCAUCAGCGGUUCCCUUUUAGUUUCCCAUGGAGCAGACCUCUGAAUAGAUCAAACAUUCUACAUCAGCUUUUCCCUGUGUUCGAUACCUUGCCAUUUCCUAAAGAUGUCUCCUUGAAAAGCUGCUUUGUUGCCCAUCAACCACCUGUACUGGGGAGUAAGAUGCGUGCAGUGCACGACCUAUUUGUCAUCGGCAGUGGCGAGGGCAUCAUGUACCUCACGCCUCCUACUGAGUGCCGAAAACAUUGCAAUACUGUGGUGAUGCAGCUGGAGCCAGGGGACGUUGGCUAUGCCAGUGUGGAUCAUUGGAAGAUAAGCGUUGGCCCAAGAGGAACAGAGCCCUUGGUGAUUUGCGACGGAACUACCAACUCAGAAAUGUAGAGGACCAGGAUUCUGUCCCAAGAGAACCUGGUAGAGCAAAAGAGAAGAUCAGGUUGAUUGGGUGGGUGGGGCGGGAAAUAAAAAAAGACCGAAACAACAAAAUUUCUUUUCAGGGGUUGGUUACUUAGUUGUUUCCCCUUUGCAUGUGUGAUUCUGUGAUUCAGGUAGUAUAUGUGCUCAGUGUAACCUUCCCUGUGUUAUGAUAUAGUCAUGCUCACAUAUUCUCCAGAUAGACUGUGA